AUGAUUGAAACGAUGUUUUCGAUGCAGCCAAAUCAACUUUUCGAAGCAACUUGUGGCUCGCUUGCCGAAUUGCUGAGAAAGCCUGAUUCGAUAAAAGCGGAGCUGUCAGCUGAAGAAUUCCGUUCACUUUGUGAUUUGCUCGGCAAAAUUGCAUCUUCUCGAAAAGAUACCUUGACGCUGAAAAUGAAAGAAUCCAUCAUUCACUGCCUCGGAUUUCUUUCGUCGCAUGCCUUGCAGACAAACUUAUAUGGGCAAAUUCUAACUCAGUUAUAUGCCACCGGAGAGAUCGCAAGUGAGCCGGAGAUGCAUUUUACAAUUGGUGAAUCAAUUGCGGAUGUUGCUUUCAGUGAAAGUUCUCCGAUGCGCAGGAAUAUUUUCACUGAAAGUGAAGAAACUUUUUUG